CUUUUAUUCAUUUCUCUCUUUUGUAAAUCUUUCUCUCUCAACAAUCUGUAUUUUUCUCCUUUGUUUUCAUUGUCAAGUCUUUUUCUCUGAAACUGAGAAACCCUAUUGUCUACAAUUUCUUGAGAUUGGAGAAAUUUCACUUUAUUGAUUGCUAUAUUAUAGCUUUUUUUCAACUAUAUAUAUUUAUAUAUAUGCACUUCCAUGCAUUUUUUACCUGUACCAUGCACAUCUUUUUAAUCUGAUAUAUAUUACCUUACUAGUACACUCAAUUUCAAAUCUCCCCACUCAAAACAUACACACACACACACACACACACACAGAGAAAAUGUGGAUGGCGGAGGCCGAUCGGAAGCUCCGGCCGUUGAUGCCGAGGCCGAUUAGUAGCUGCAGCCAUUUUUCGACGAUAUCAAAUCCCUCUUGUUGUUGCAUUCACAACCCUAAUAUACUCCCUUGGAACCAUCAAAUAAGUGGGAUGAGUGAAUACGGAGUGAAGAGAGAGAUACAGACGAUGCCGUUGGUAAGCACGAGAUGGAACCCUACACCAGAACAACUGCAGGCACUUGAAGAAAUGUACAAGCGUGGAACGAGAACACCUUCUGCCGAACAAAUUCAACAAAUAGCUGCUAAACUAAGAAGGUUUGGUAAAAUUGAAGGCAAAAACGUGUUUUACUGGUUCCAGAACCACAAAGCUAGAGAGAGGCAGAAAAAACGCCGUCAGCUUGACCUACAACUCCACCCUGCCCGGAAAAACCAAACAGGAUUAAUGAGCAGGAGAUAUUUCGAAAUCGAACAUCAUAAGAAGUUGUCUACACCCUCAAACUGCAGCGCACCUAAUUCAGAGGAUUCUGCAGCAUCAAUGCAAUAUGGAACAGCGAUAGCAGAAUGUAAGAAAGAUGAGUGGACACAUUUGCGUCAGAACAAGAUUAAUGUUACUACAGCAAAGAAUGAAAGCUCCUGCUGGAAAUUAGACACAAUUCUUCAUACUGCUGCCCAAAAUCCAGCUCUAGAGAGAGAACAUAAUAAUCACAAACCACCCUUUGCUACUACUACUACUAAUUCAUCACUAAAUCUCAGCAUAUUGUUGUCCCCCAAGAUUGACGACAUCAAUUUUCUUGAAGAUGAGAAAUCAUCAUCGUUGACGGAGACGACGAGAGAAACUCGGACUCUUUUGCAGUUGUUUCCGAUUCGGAGCACCGAUUUGGGCACUCGCGAGGAAGUGGGAAUUCGCGAUAUUUCGACCCGAUUUACCCCUAAUCAUCAGUUUAUUGAGUUUCUUCCAACCAAGAAUUGAAUUUUAUUUUUAUUUUUAUUUUUUUGUUUUUGUUUUUUGUUUCCUUAGUUUCAUCCAAGAAAUUGUGGUGGUUAUUACUUACUAGUAUAGCUAGAGGUUGGAGAUUGUACUAUGUGACUUUUUCAUUCUAGUUAAGUACUUGUUUUGUUUGUA